AUGCUGUACGACCCAGAAGGACCAGUGGCCAAACAGCUUACGCCGCUUUUGGUUAAUGAGCUUACCUCCACAUUUGGAAUAGCCGACGAUGCCCAGGACGUGGCCGAGUACAUCAAUGUUUUGAUCGGAAACAACCGCCUGGCGGCUGAGAUUUGUCUGGACGUCAAGGAGGUCGUGAACAUCCCCAUUGAUGAGGCAUUUGUGGGUAGAGUGUUCACUGAGAUUAGUCGUUUGAGCCAAGUUGAACAGAAUGCACAGAUAGAACAGCCACAGCCUCAACAGCAGUAUCAGGAUCAGAUUUUGCAGCAACAGCAGCAACAACAACAGUAUCAGCAGCAGCAGGAGUUGCAACAGCAGCAGCAGCAGCAGCAGCAGCAACAACAACAGCAGCAGCAAGAAUUACAACAACAACAGCAACAGCAGCAGCAGCAGCAGCAGCAACAACAACAACAGCCUGAGGUUCACUUUCAGAACCAGGUUACUCCAUCGGCUUUUGCCCAACCUCCCCAGCCUCCCCAACCUCCUCAACCUUUUGCUCAGCAAACUCAACCUUUCCCUCAACAACAACCUCAACCUGUGUUCCCAGUCCAGCCUAAGGGCCCCAAAGGGAAGGAAAUGCACGUGAAUUUCAAACAGGGUGGUAAUGAGCUACGCCAACUUGCGGUGAACAGAGCAAAAGGCAAGAGUGGUGUUGGAAAGGGUGGUGUUGGUAAAGACUUUGUCAGUGGAAACAACAAAAAGAAGGGACUUAACACCAAGAGUACCGCUAACUUGGAGAAGGCCUUGGCAUUGAGUUCGCAUGCCCACUCUGUUGAUAUGGCUCCAUUUGUGCCCAAGGCUACAAGGGGUCGUUGCAGAGACUUCCCUUGGUGUAAGAACAGAGAGUGCAAGUUUGCACAUCCAACAAAGGUGUGUUUUGCUUACCCCAACUGCCCUAAUGCCCCUGGAACAUGUGGCUACUUGCAUCCUUCUGAGGAUGGUGACUUGAUGGUGGAGUUGGAGAAGCUGAAACAGCAGAUGAAUGAGCGCAGAAAAGAGCGUGUUCGUAACCAGGCCCCACAAGUAACCUUGUGUAAAUAUGGAAUUCUCUGUUCCAAAGAGUUGUGUCCUUUCGGCCAUCCUACUCCUGCCAACAAGGAUGCUAAGGUUAUAAUUCAGAAGUGGUGUCGUGAGAACAAGAACUGUGAAAACCCACUGUGCGAGUAUGCUCAUUCGUCGCCCAACUACCAGGCUCCUCCUCCAGUGCAAGCCGCUCCCAGACCAACUUUCACUCCACGCGGCGGCAAUAAGUUUACGAAGCCUGCUGCUACGUCGUUGGAACAGUGUAAGUUCGGCAUGAGUUGUACCAAUCAACUGUGCCCAAGAAGACAUGCCACAUCUACUGUUGCAUGCCGUAACGGUGCCAACUGUACGCUUUCGUAUUGUACGUUCAGCCACCCCAUCGAUGAAGACUGUCGGUUCGGAGCAGAAUGCAAAAACAAGUUCUGUUACUACCGUCACCCAGAUGGCAAGGAACAGGCCCUCUUCAACAACAAUGGCGACUCCACGAGUGCACGUAACUUUGCUGUUCCAGACGAUCAAGUCAUGGAGCAAGCUGUGCAAGAAUAA